GAUUGGAACACCUGAAUCACAUGAUAUGGAGGGGAUUGGAACACCCGAAUCACAUGAUAUGGAGGGGAUUGGAACACCCGAAUCACAUGAUAUGGAGGGGAUAGGAACACCUGAAUCACAUGAUAUGGAGGGGAUUGGAACACCUGAAUCACAUGAUAUGGAGGGGAUUGGAACACCUGAAUCACAUGAUAUGGAGGGGAUUGGAACACCCGAAUCACAUGAUAUGGGAGGGGAUUGGAACACCUGAAUCACAUGAUUUGGAGGGGAUUGGAACACCUGAAUCACAUGAUAUGGAGGGGAUUGGAACACCUGAAUCACAUGAUUGGGAGGGGAUUGGAACACCUGAAUCAGGUGAUAUGGAGGGGAUUGGAACACCUGAAUCACAUGAUAUGGGGGGAUUGGAACACCUGAAUCACAUGAUUGGGAGGGGAUUGGAACACCUGAAUCACAUGAUAUGGAGGGGAUUGGAACACCUGAAUCACAUGAUAGGAGGGGAUUGGAACAUCUGAAUCACAUGAUAUGGAUGGGAUUGGGACACCUGGAUCACAUGAUAUGGAGGGGAUUGGAACACCUGAAUCACAUGAUUAGGAGGGGAUUGGAACAUCUGAAUCACAUGGUAUGGAGGGGAUUGGAACAUCUGAAUCACAUGAUAUGGAGGGGAUUGGAACACCUGAAUCACAUGAUUGGGAGGGGAUUGGAACACCUGAAUCACAUGAUUGGGAGGGGAUUGGAACAGCUGAAUCACAUGAUAUGGAGGGGAUUGGAACACCUGAAUCACAUGAUAUGGAUGGGA